AUUUUUAAAAAGAUGUUACGAGGGGUGGCUGAAAAGUUCUGAGCCUAAGGCACUUGCAUUCGUGCUAAUUACUCAUCCGGCGGGUCACUAGUUGAGCGACAUCUACCCACUAUAUAAGAAAAGUUUCAUGUCAUUAGCUUCAUUAAGCUUUGAGUAAUUGAACCGUGAACAUCAACAUGUCUGAGUCAUCGCUGCAGUUAACGAAAUUGGAACAUCGCGCCGUCAUAAAAUUCCUCGUAAAAAAGGGGAAAACAGCAAAAGAAAUUUUUGAAGAAAUGUCUAGUGUAUACGGAGAAUCUGGACCGUCGUCAGCCACGGUUAAACGAUGGACACGCCUAUUCCAACAAGACCGAGAGACUCUGGAAGACGACCCCCGCUCGGGCCGGCCGAACACCGCAGUCACUGAUGAAAACAUCGAAAAAGUAAAAAAAAUUGUACUGGACGAUCGGCGAGUAAAAUUGUGGCAGAUAGCAGAAGAGCUGAGCAUCAGUAAGGAACGAGUUGGAGACAUUAUGCAUAAUCAUUUGCAUAUGAAUAAAGUCAGUGCGCGUUGGGUGCCUAAAAUGCUCACGCCACUGGACAAGCAGCGACGAGUUGAAACUUCCGAAGAAUUUAUAGACCUGUGCAAGGACAAUUUGGAAGAAAUUUGCACUCGUAUUGUCACCGUUGAUGAAACGUGGAUCCGACAAUACGACCCGGAGUCGAAACAAGAGUCAAUGCAAUGGAUAGAGAAGGGGGAAAAGCCGCCGAAGAAGUUCAAGGUGGAAAAAUCGGCUUCCAAACUCAUGGCCACCAUUUUUUGGGAUUGCGAAGGAGUUUUACUCAUAGAUUACCUCCAAAAAAAAACUACGAUGAAUGCAGAGUAUUAUGCAGGGCUUUUGAAAAAAGUUCGCGAAGCCAUUGUUGAAAAAAGAAGAGGCAAAAUCAGCAAAGGAAUUUUGUUUCUGCAAGACAAUGCGCCGGUUCACACAGCGCGCAUUGCGAGGCAAGCCUUGCGAGAAACUGGAUUCGAUGAAGUGAACCACCCUCCCUAUAGUCCAGAUCUGGCCCCUAGCGACUAUUUUCUAUUUAAAAAUUUGAAAAAGGACCUUCGGGGACGAAGAUUUGGAGAUGAUGAAGAGAUGAAGGCGGCCGUAAAUGAACAUUUUCAAGCUAAAGACGCGGCUUAUUUUUUUUCAGGGAUACAAGCCCUCUAUAAAAGAUGUCAAAAGUGCAUUGAAGUCCAUGGGGACUAUAUUGAAAAAUAAAUUUUAUUUAGAUUUUUA